UGUCUGUCACUAACUUGUUGCCAUGACGACGCGUCUGUCAACAUUGAAAUGCAUAUUGGUCGUGAAAUAUAGAAAGUCGAGCUUUUUGUUUAUAAAAAUCUUAUUUUAAUUCUAGAAUUUUAAUUGAAAAGAUUUAUAUCCAAUAUAACGCGUAAAAUACAAUAUAAAUAUAUAUAUUAACACAUAUAUUACAAAAAAAUAUCUUACAAUUAAUUCAUCUUUUAACUUGUCUUUCUACAUUAAUUUAAUAUCAACUGAAAAAAAAAGAAAUACAGCUUCGCCUCAAUCUUAAAGAUAGUCAAAAAUAAGAAUCAAUAAAAUUUUUAGAUAAAAAUUAAAAAUUUUAUUUUUAAAUACUAUUUUAAAAGCUUUAGAUUUUCUUCACAAAACAGAAGUUAUUUCCUGAAUGAAAUGUUGCAUAUUUGUUGUUCUUUCAUCAAAAUCUUAAUGAAUAGAUGUAUUAUAAAUAAUUAGCAUAUUUUGUAUAUUUGAUAAGUCAUAGCAGUAUGAUUUUAUGGUAUGGCCGAAUUGCAUAUAAUUGGGCAUAUUUCAUCCGCAAAGAAUUUUAAACAAUCGCAUUUACUCUGCAAAUGGAAUUUUUAUGUCGGUAAUGGUUGGAAAAUUGUAUCAGGACAAGAAGAAGGACAAACACAAGAAAGUUGCGAUAUUUACACUAAUAAUCCAAUCUGGGACCAUCCUAUAGAUUUGCAUUACACAACUCAGACUUUACAAAAUUCUCCGAAAUUAUUAUUGCAAGUGUUUUGUAGAGAUAAUUAUGGAAGGAUAUUAUUUCUUUCAUAUGGAGUACACAAUAUUCCAUUAUCUCCUGGUUCGCACAUAUUAGAAUGUCAUACAUGGAAACCUAUUGGUAUGCACAAUUUUAAGUACUUGGAAAGACAGACUCUAUGACAAAUUCUUGGGACGAAGUUUACAAUUGAAGUCACCAAGUGUUUUGAUCAACACAUUAGAUAGAUUUGAAAUAUUUACGCAAAGUGUGGGAACAGUAAUCAUUGAUUUGCAUA